GCGGCCGAUGGCAUAGUGUUGAACCACUAUUACACGCAUCCGGUGUCGUGUCCGAGUCGGGCGGCCCUACUGACGGGCGUACACCCCAUACAUACGGGGCUACAAAACUUUGUAAUCAUCAACCAGUCGCCCACUGGUCUGCCCCUACACUACAAACUAUUGCCACAGUAUCUCAAACAACACAAUUACGCCACACAUAUAGUCGGCAAAUGGCAUUUAGGUUACGCGCGCCGGGAGUUUACUCCCACCUACCGGGGCUUCGAUUCUCACGUGGGCUUCUGGGGCUAUAAUAAGCAGUAUUUCAAUCACACGGCGUGUGACACGUGGCCCGACGAGUGUGGACUCGACUUUCGGCAUAACAUGACGUUAACGACCGACGGAACCGGCGUUUAUUCCACCCAUUAUUUUACCGACCGGUGCCUCCAUAUAAUAGAUGGUCAUAACAGCACACACCAACCCCUGUUUCUAUACAUGCCCUACCAGGCCCUGCACGCAGCCCGUGCCAAACACACGGUUGCCCCACAAAACUAUAUCGAUAUGUUUGCGUACAUCGCGUCCGAUAAAAGGCGUCGAUUGGCGGCAAUGGCCUAUAGUGUGGACGAGUCGGUGGGACUGAUAGUCGAUAGGUUGCACUCGAAGGGAAUGCUCGACAAUAGUAUUAUUGUAUUUGCGAGCGAUAACGGAGCUCACCCUGAUGGUAAUGGAGGCUCUAAUUGGCCGUUCAGAGGCAAUAAAACGGAAUUAUUUGAGGGAGCCCUAAGAGUGCCGGCAUUCAUAUGGAGUCCAUUACUUCGCAAAAGUGGUUACGUCUCGGAGGCCCUCAUCGAUGUGUCGGACAUAAUGCCAACCAUUUUAGACGCAAUCGGCGACAGACACCUACUUUCACACGAAACUCAUAUUUACGGCGUGUCACAAUGGGAUACGAUGUCUCAUAAUGGACUACCGGUGCGAUCUGAGAUCAUCCAUAACAUCGAUCCGGUAGAUAAUAUGUCUGCCAUUCGAUGGCACGACUGGAAACUCGUCCAGAGCUCCAUACCCGCCUUAUCACGGGUGCCAUUGGAUAAGCGAGCACAUCCUCGGUUUCAUAAUAACACCUGGACCAAUUGGUUGGACGAUGACUUGGACUAUCAAUUAUAUAGGGAUUACAAACACGACAAAGAUGAAUUU